AGGCUGCGCGGACCUAGUGGUGGGGCCGGGAGAAUAGAGGAGCUGACGGAUGGCUCUGGAGGAAAUGGCGCGCCGAGGGUGCGAGAAGUCCGGAAUGACGAGAGAGGCUACGACUGAAAUGACUUUAGAAAAUGGGGGUUUGAACCAAAUGCCUGAGGAACAGACGGGGGAGGAUGAGGGAGAAGGUCUGUCAAGUUUCUGCCAGCUGUCAUGUGCUGAUACGGAGCCUGGGUCUGUGUAUGGAUUGAACAUUAGCAUGAUGCCUCUCUGCCACUCUGCAAUAAAACAUAGUGAAUCAGGUAUGGAGAGGUGCCAUUUUUCACCUGCUGGAGGUCUGAGGGUAUUCUUGCACUGGAAGGGUGAGGCAGAGGAACAAUACCAGACAUACACCAAGGGGACUCCUUGUGCUGAAGAGAUCUGCAGUGAUAUUGCGCAGAAGAUAGGAAUCACACCAACCUGCUUCAGUCUGUUUGCACUCUAUCACCCAGAGACGAAACUCUGGUUCCCUCCUAACUAUGUCUUUGAUGUUGAAAGUGAUAUCAAGAUCACUUUGCAUUAUCGUAUGAGAUAUUAUUUCCGAAACUGGCAUGGGACAAAUGACAAGGAGCCAACCAUAUAUCGCAGUAUUCCUCGCUCAGCUGACUCAGAGGACAGAUCAUUUAGGAGUGAACAAGGCAAUGCCAUCCUGGAUAAAUCAUCAUUUGCCUAUCUCUUUGAGCAAGGGAAAUAUGACUUCAUCAAUGAUAUUGCCUCCUUAAAAGACCUACAUACUGAACAGGAAAUUCACCAAUUUAAAAAUGAGAGCCUGGGAAUGGCUGUCCUCCACCUAUGUCAUCUUGCACUGAAGAAAGGCAUUUCUCUUGAAGAGGUGGCAGAGAAAACAAGUUUCAAAGAGUGCAUCCCACGAUCCUUUUGCCAACAGAUUCAGCAGAACAAUUCUUUGACCAGAUUCCGCAUGAAGAAUGUUUUCAAAAAAUUCUUGCAGCGUUUCCAGCAGCACACAUUGAGCACUGGUAAACUUACAGAACAGGAUCUCAUGCACAAGUACUUAGCUACUUUGGAAAACUUGGCUCCACGUUUUGGGACUGAGCUCUUUGCAGCUGUUUCACUGGAAAUCAUUUCGGAGGGUGAGAAGGUGCCACUUUAUAUCAAUGGUGGUCAUACGGAUCUGGAGAACUCCUAUUCUUCUCAUGGUAGCAGGCCUGUCACACAUGAAGUCUUGAUCACAGGCAUUAAUGGGAUUCAGUGGCGGCUUAUCCCUGUUGAGAAACCACAAAGUCAGCCGCAUAAAAUUUAUUUUGGGAGGAAAGUCAAGACUAAGGAGCACAAGUUCAAGCAGUCCUACCAACCAGUGGAGCAAUGUGAAGCUAAAUGGGCACACUUCUGUGACUUUCAAGAGAUCACACAUAUUGUUGUUAAAGAUUGCAACAUCAGCAUCCAUCGGCAAGACAACAAGUGUCUGGAUUUGACUCUGUCAUCCCAUGAAGCUGCUCUCUCCUUGAUUUCAUUAGUAGAUGGUUACUUCAGAUUAACAGCUGAUUCUAGCCAUUAUCUGUGUCAUGAAGUUGCCCCACCACAACUUGUUAUGAGCAUCCAGAAUGGUAUUCAUGGACCCAUGCAGGAAGAGUUCAUUCUGGCUAAACUGAAGCGCGAAGGGCAGGAAGAUGGGCUGUAUGCCCUCCGUUGGAGUGUCCUUGAUUUCAACAGAUUGAUUCUAUCAGUACUGAAGAAUGGCCAAGUAAGAGAUGUGAAAAUGAGUAUCAAUACCCAAGGUAAUGCAAACUAUAGACAGUUCCGGAUCCAGAGGAAAGGAAAUUCCUUUGUACUUGAAGGCUGGGAGCAAGAGUUUCCUAGUGUCCAAGAACUAAUGAAUGCUCUCAAAGGCUGUACUCUAAAAUCUGGAACUGACAUCUUCAGUUUGAAGAGAUGCUGCCUCCCAAAACCAGGAGAGAUCUCAGACUUGAUCAUCACACGAAAAGUGAAAGACAGCACAAGGCAGAUUCUGAAUUUGACUCAGCUGAGUUUUCAUCAGAUUCGGAAGAAUGAGAUUACACAGAGAGCGCACUUGGGACAAGGAACACGAACCAAUAUUUAUGAUGGUGUACUUCAUGUAUGCAGUGGGAUCAACAGUGAUGAUGAGGCAGAGUAUUUUUCUACUGAGCAGAAUAACAAUAGCUGUGAGAUGCAUGUGGUACUCAAGAUGUUGGACCCAAGUCAUAGAGACAUUGCUCUGGCAUUCUUUGAAACAGCCAGCCUGAUGAGCCAGGUGUCCCAUAUCCAUUUAGCCUUUGUUCAUGGGGUUUGUGUAUGGGGUUCAGAGAAUAUAAUGGUGGAAGAAUUCAUUGAACAUGGUCCCCUGGAUGUCUUUUUGCGUAAUAACAAAGGACGGAUAACAGUAGGCUGGAAAUUCACUAUUGCAACACAAUUAGCUAGUGCCCUCAGUUACCUUGAAGAUAAAAACCUAGUGCAUGGCAAUGUAUGUGCCAAAAACAUCCUGUUGGCCAGGAAAGGUUUGGAAGAUGGCCUGCUGCCCUUCAUUAAGCUCAGUGACCCAGGAGUCAGCUUCACUGUGCUUUCCCAAGAAGAAAGGGUUGACCGGAUCCCGUGGAUUGCUCCAGAGUGUAUCAAAGAUGUAAACAACCUUAGCACAGCAGCUGACAAAUGGAGUUUUGGGACCACACUGCUGGAAAUAUGUUUUGAUGCAGAUGUGCCACUAAAAGAACGCACUCCUUCUGAGAAAGAACGUUUUUAUGAGAAGAAGCAUCAUCUUCCAGAGCCAUCCUUCAAAGAACUAGCUACCCUAAUCAGCCAGUGCCUAAACUAUGCUCAUGGAGAGCGACCCUCUUUCCGGACUAUCUUACGAGACCUCACUCAACUGCAGCCACAUAAUCCUCUUGACAUUAGCUCUGUGAAUCCUGCGUUCCCUGUAUCAGAUCCUACUGUCUUUCAGAAGCGCUACCUGAAAAAGAUUCGAGAUCUGGGUGAGGGCCACUUUGGUAAAGUGAGCCUGUAUUGUUAUGAUCCUGCCAAUGAUGGCACUGGUGAGAUGGUAGCAGUGAAAUCAUUGAAAUCAGGUUGCAGCCAGCAGCUCUUGACUAGUUGGAAAAAGGAGAUCGAGAUCUUGAAGACACUCUACCAUGAGAAUAUUGUAAAAUACAAAGGCUGCUGCAGCGAGCAAGGAGAAAAGAUUGUGCAGCUUAUCAUGGAAUAUGUGCCACUGGGAAGUCUGAGGGAUUAUCUUCCCAAGCACAAUGUCAGCUUGGCCCACAUUCUCCUCUUUGCCCAACAGAUUUGUGAGGGAAUGGCUUAUCUCCACUCCCUGCACUACAUCCACAGAGACCUUGCAGCUAGAAAUGUGCUCCUAGAGAAUGAGAAUGUAGUAAAGAUUGGAGACUUUGGUCUUGCCAAAGCCAUCCCUGAAGGACAUGAAUAUUAUCGUGUCUGUGAAGAUGGAGACAGCCCCGUCUUCUGGUAUGCUGUGGAAUGCCUCAAGGAAUGUAAAUUCUAUUAUGCUUCUGAUGUCUGGUCCUUUGGAGUGACUUUAUAUGAACUGUUGACAUGGUGUGAUUCAAGUCAGAGCCCUCCACAAAGAUUUAUUGAGAUGAUUGGAAUGACUCAGGGUCAGAUGACAGUGCUGCGGCUAAUUGAGCUGUUGGACAGAGGGGAAAGGCUUCCCAGUCCAAAAGACUGCCCUUGUGAGAUUUAUCGUCUCAUGAAAAACUGUUGGGAAUCUGAAGCUUCAUUCCGUCCAGCCUUUUCAAACCUAGUACCCAUUCUCAAAGCCUUCCAUGAAAAGUACAAGACCCAGGCUCCUUCAGUUUUCAGUGUGUGUUGAUGAGAAUGAAGAUAUUUUGUACCAAAGACCAAAGUCUUAUUUGCACUUUGUGUGCUAGUGCUUACAUGUCUGGAAAGCCACAGUGCCAUGAAAGUUGCUUCCAAGUGACAGCGAUCUUGGAUUCUGACUUUUGCUGUUCUGCGCAGUGUCCCUGAAUUGUCUGAAUUUUUUUGCACGUUUCAAAUGUGAUGGGGCAUAAGGAAAAGCCCAUUCAAUUUUUUUGUUUAGCUGAAAGGCAGAAGCUGCUUAUGAAACUUUGUCCUUUGCUACAUCCAGCUGGGAUGCAAGUCAUUUGUAAAGUCUCAUUAUGAGAUAUUCUUGUACAGGAAAACAAGUUGGUAUCUAAUGCAUUUAAUGGACUCUUGAGCGUAUGGUCCAAUGCAGAGUAUGAAUCUGUAAUUCAAGGAACCCUGAAAAUGGAAUGCAAUAUUUUCACUUGCUAUUUGAAAAACCUGUUGUAUCACAUAGAACUGCUUACCAACAGAAUGAAAGGCAUCUGGCCUUUAUUUGCAGCAUCUUUACAAGGAAAUACAUUUUUCUAACCUGGCAUUUAUUCCUCAAUCACUCUUUUUACAUCUCUUUAUCACCCAUAGUAUAGCAUUAUAUGCACAUCUACUUGGUAAAGGUCCCUCAUCUGCCUAUGUGAAUCAGAAGCACCUUUAGCCGACAAUGCUAGAAAAGUAAAUAUCUGAUCAUGUCUGUUUCCAAAGAGCAAUCCUUACUGUCUCCCAGACGGAUGAAUCAAGAAUUUCCACUAAUGGGGAUUUGCAGCUGAUGCUAUGCUUCCCUUUGAAUUUUCUAACAACUCAUCUUUUCUUUUAAAUGGUAUAAAACAACUGUAUCUUUUCUUGGGUUGAGAACCAUUUCCCAAACCAUUAUUGGUUUGAAGUGACCAAUCUCAAAACUUCACCACCACCAAUCGCCUGAUGUUUGCCAAUCAAAAACUUUGAAUUUGAAUUGGAAAGAAACUAUAGGCCUUAAAUAAUACUGAAAAUGAAGACAAGAAAUGCCUUUUGGUCACUAACUAGUUGCUACCUUCUGACAUGUAAGCUUUAUGUAGCAAAAUAAAGGUAGCCUGAGCUGGUAAUCCCAUAUCCUGGGGAAAAAACUAGCUGCCAUAUAACCUCAGAACAAUUGUGAUUCCUCUUCCCUGUUGUACUAUCAUCUUGCUUUCUAAUUAAUUGGAGCAAUUGUUUUCAUUGUGAAUCUUCAGGUUGUUCUCCACAAAUUAUCUUUCAAAUGAAUUUCAUCUUUUCAUUGAAUUUCAUUUUUCAUUAGAAUUUGUUGGGAGUGAAACGGCAGGCUCUAAGUCAGGGUGUCACACUGGUGGCCCACGGGCCAGAUACAUCACAUGCAGGCCAUGCCCACCUCAGCUCCGUGAAGGGGUAAAUGUUGCAAUAUGUCACAUGAUGGCAAUGUGGCGUGGCAAGUUUGACACCUGUGCUCUAGGUGAUAUAAAUCUUGAUGCAUUGCAGUUAGUACACCCAAUGCUUUUAGUACUGAUUUCUUGCUAACAUGUAUUUCUGAUUUCCUGGCUUUUUGUAAGUGGGGGUUGAUUUUUGCCAUGUUUUACCAAUCUGAGAUUGCAUUGUUGAGCCUGUCUCACCCGUUAUCACUUUAGAGCAAUUUUAUUGCCUUAUAGAAGAGGAGAGAUUCUAGUCAUAGUCACAUUGGCCUCCAUACAGCUCAUUUCUAAAGAAUGUCAGAAUAAAGUAUUUAUGCAAUUAUAAUAAGCAGGGUGAUGUAAAACAGUUUGUUUAUUAGCUUUGCCAUACUAGUCAGUGUCUUUGAGCUAUGAAUAUUUGAGGUGACUGCUUAUUCUUCAGCAUUCUAUCAUCGUUGUGCUUUUUUUAAAGAAGCAAUCAUUUCUUUCAGGUUGCCAUUUGAUUUGAAGUAUACUAUUAAGAAAGUGAUGAAGAGAAAUAGAUAGGAUUCCUGUAAGUUAUUUAGUUUACUUUAUUGUCAUUGCACCUCGUACAACGAAAUUAAAUGCCAUCUUCAGUGUACAUCAUACAUACAAAAACUAUAAAAAUAAAACAAAAACACACAUCCUUCACAUUUUAUACAAUUGAAUUGAAAAUCCCUGAUACUGCAUUAGUAUUAUACUAUACAGUAGAAUUCAAUAUAAUUAUGCUCUGGGAUGGAGAGCCUAAUUUUCAGCCUAAUUGUCCUUGUUUUUAUUGUCCUGUACCGUCUGCCAGAUAAUUUUUAAAAAGAGUGCCCAGGAUGAGAUGGAUCUUUAAAAAUGUUUUGAACUUUCUUAAGGCAGCGGGAGCUAUAAAGCUGUUCCAAAGAGGGGAGAGGGCAAUGACGUUAACCCUCUGGAGCGCUGUCCUAUCUGCCACUGUGCAAUUAGCAAACCAUACACAGGUGCAGUAAGUUAAAAUACUCUAUAGUGCAGCGGUAGAAAGUCACCAGCAAUUUUUCAUUCAGUUGUUUCCUGAGAAGUCUCUGCUGGGCCCUUUUGACCAGUGCUGCAAUGUGACCGCCUCAGGUCAGGUCCUCUUUUGUGAUAACAUCCAAAAACUUAAAACUGGCCACUUGCUCCACUUGGUCUCCAUUGAUAACCAAGGUCUGGAUGUCUAUUGAAAAAUUGCUUAUUUUUGCCCAGAAACGUUUAACUGGUAUCCAUAAAUGGUUCCAAUUCUCAUUUGCUCAGAACUGAAGACAGAGAGAAUAUUUUAAGAUACUUAAUGCUGAGUCUUUCUUAUCCAUAACUUAUUUUUGUAAGACAUGAGAAAAAAUACCUUUGUGCAUAAUUUCUGUUGUUCUGUUGCUAAAUGAGACAGUUGUUAUGUGAAUUUUGCCCCAUUUUACAACCUUUCUUGCCACAGUUGUUAAGUGAAUCACUGCAAUGGCUGUUAAGUGAAUCGGGCUUCCCCAUUGACUUUGCUUGUCAGAAGGUUGCAAAAGGUGAUCACAUGACCCCAGGACACUGCAGUCGCAUAAAUAUGAAUCAGUUGGCAAGCAUUUGAAAUUUAAUCACGUGGCUAUGGAAAUGCUGCAAUGGUCAUAAAUGUGGAAAAAUGUCCUGAGUCACUUUUUUCAAUGCCAUUCUAACUUGGGUCACUAAAUGAACUGUUGUUAAGUCAAAGACUACCUAUAUAUCAUGACUUCCACAUAGAAGAUAAUUAUAGUUUAAUUGUUUAUCCCUCCCAUCUCUAGCACAUGUAAAUAAUUAAAGAAACUGAAUAGUAUGCUUUCUUGGAAGCGAGCCUUACUGAUUUUAAUGAGCUAAAUAUAUGUAUAUUCAAUUGCAGCCUUAAAUAUAUUUAUUGAACAGCCUUCUCUCUUUUCCCUAUGGUGCAUGAAAAACUGCUUUCGAUGUGAAAAAAAAAAGCUUUCAAAGCAGUUUGCAAUGCAUUGGAAUACUUUCAAGAAAUUAACUAGAAUAUUUUAGUCCACUAGCAUAGUCAGUUGUUCCAGUGGGCCCUUUCAGGAUCUUUGGACCCGAUUUAUUUUAGUUUUCAAGUCUUUAGGAUUUGCUAUAAAACACAAACAUGUUUACAAACAUCACAGAGGCAAUCAGAUUUAUUUUUUUUGAAGGCUAACAUACAUGCAGCAACAUUAUUACACUUGGAGUGCUGGCUUUAAAAUUACAGAAUCUCCUGCUUGGGCAGGGAGUUGGACUAGGAGACCUUGCAAAGUCCCUUCCAACUCAUUCUUUUAUUCUGUUAUCUCUAUUUUGAGGUACAGCUACAACUUGAAGUGCCAGCUCUAAGCUCUGGAAUAUGGAAUAAUUAUAUAAUUACAAAAUAAUUCCAGAUAUUCUUAUCUGGGAAAUUAUCUUUGGCAUAUACAGUAUACUGAGAAACUUCACAGCAUUGUGCCUUUUGCAUCUGGAACUGCACUGAAAAUUUUGGAGAAGGAUCCCUCCAACAAAAGCAUGGGCAAAUUCAGUUCAGUCACUCUUGCUUUUUCUGUUUCUAAAGCUGCUGUGCGUGCAUAUGUGAAUUCAGAAAGUGUGUGAGGAGACAGCAUGAGUGUUCUACAUUGGAACCUGCUCUGAUGUGAAUCUAUUCUGUCCUAGACUAGUAGCAGCUUAGAAUAAUGUAAUAUCCUGGUAGUAUCUUUCAUGUUUUGUUCAAAUAAAUACCAUGUAACUUUCAAA